GCCCGAUUUUCUGCGGCAUUAAUGUGGCCAAUCGGCCGAUUUUUUACCGAUAAAAAAUCUGCGCAUGAGCAGUGACCUGCAAGAGGAAGACAAAAAGAAGAAAAAGAAGAAGAGGAAGAGGAUGAAGAAGAGGAUGAAGAAGAGGAGAAGAAGAUGGGAUGAAGAAGAGGAUGAGAAGAAGAAGAAGAGGAUGAGGGUGAAGAAGUGAGAAUGAAGAAGAAGAAGAGGAUGAGGAUGAUGAAGAAGAAGAGGAUGAGGAUGAUGAAGAAGAAGAGGAUGAGGAUGAUGAAGAAGAGGA